GCUAUUUACAAUCACAGUCAGGGAACGCGUUUUACUGAAGCAACCUGUGAGUCUCUACAAGACGAGGAAAGUAUGGGACAGAUUUAUAGCACAGCAUCUUCACUCUUUAGCAGUUGGUCUAAAGAGUCCUCUGCAGUUGUUCAUAAAGAAAAUACUGCACCUGUGUGCACUCCAGAUCUUGCUUCCUUCACACCAUCAACAUAUCCCCUUGCAACACCUCGAAGAGCGCUGUGCCGCACCAAGAGGUCAGGCAGCCCCACACCAGACCUUGCAAGAGAGCCUCAGGCUAAAAGACCGAAAAGAGAUUCUCAUUAUUUGAACUUUCCAUUUUUGAAUGAUGAUUUCACUAUUGAUUUUGUUAAAAAAAGUAAGGUAAUGUUCAUCAUGAAGGGACUCCAAGGCUCUGGAAAAACUUUCAUCAGCCAAGUCAUCCAAGAAUUAUAUAAGGAUACCUGUGUAUGCUCUGCAGAUCACUAUUUUAUGCAGGAUGGUGUAUAUGAGUUUGACAGAGGAAAACUGAAGGAGGCUCAUGAAUACUGUCAGCAGCAAGCAGCCAGUGCAGCAGAGCAGAGUACUCAUGUCAUUGUGAUAGACAACACCAACUUGCAACACUGGGAGAUGAAAUUUUAUUUGAAUUUAGCAAGGACUCACUUGUAUAUUCCUGUGGUGGUGGAGCCACAGACAACCUGGGCAAUGCAUCCUGUAGAACUUGCUGUGAGAAAUAUCCAUAAUAUCCCAGAGGAAAUACUAUCUAACAAGAUCAAAGCAUACCAACCAGUACUACCUAUAUAUUAUGGAUGGUUUCUAAAUGAAGUAGAUUCAGAAGAGAUUUGCUCAGUUGGCUGCUCAUGGCUCCAAAAAGCUAUAGGAAUACAGGACUUUGUGGAACACUUUUCACAGGCUCUCCAGGCUGACUCUAAUGAAGAUCUUUUCAACUUCUUUGCUCAAGACUUAGUUGCUGGCAGACGCCGUUUGCUUCAUGCAACUUCAAAGUUCACUGCGAGGGGAAAAACUAUUGGUGCCAAUGAAUACAUUAACAGUCCAGUUGUGAAACAGUCAUUGGGAAAAGGGUUUAGAUUAUGUAUAGUAGGUUUUGUAAUUACUACAAGAACUAUAGGAGCAAGACUCAAACUAUCCAAUGAGCAGUUAGAAUUAUGGUCUAAUGAUGAUAAUGAAGAUCCUCCUGUGACUCUGAUGAAUUCUGGGGUCUUGAAAAAGCACCAAUUCAGUCAUUCUGAUUUAGAUAAGAGCAAAGAAAAACUGAAAUUUUCAAAGUUGAAUGCCUCUGUUUGUCUCCCAACUGUGGUUGAGAAGGAAAUUUUCUAUGAUGAGGACAGAUUUUGCCCAACAUCAGGAAAGGGAAGUCGUGCUCAUCUCACCCUUGCUUGUACCCCUGGGAUCAAACCAGUCACUACAGGCUUUGAUCUUAUUCUUGCUGUGAAGUGUGAACAACGAAUGCGUGGUGGUGAAAACCAAAAAGCUGAAACAUACACAAUUGAUGGAGGCGUAUUGAUAAAUUAUGGUGAAGGAAUUUGGGUUGUGUAUCCAAACUCUGAACUAUUAGUAUCCUCCUUAUUUUCAACAUUUCUGUAGAAUACUAUGUAAAGAAAACUAUGUUUAGAUGAUUGUCACAGAGUUCAUGAAGAAAGGAUCAAUGAAUCAGUGAGGUUUUAGCCAUGAUUGAUAAAUACAUUAUGUUUAAAUGAGAGUACAAAGUGGUUCAAUGAAUGCUGAUGGCAUGAUCUCACAAAACUGGAAAUUUUUACAGCUAGAAUUAAAAUUUUCAAAGAAU